UGAACCGUCGACAAUCCGAAGAGGUCUUCGUAUGCUACUAUCAUUUCUCUUUCACCUCGCGCCUCUGGCUUCCGCCAGUGUGUUCCAUCGGCGGCAACAGGUUAAUCUGAACCCCACCGUGGGCGGUGAUCCUGAUAAUGGCUGGAAGUCAUUCCCUCAAGUAAGAGACGCUACAGCAUACCCUGGUUGGGUUGUGAGUCAAGACGAUGGCGCUAAACUGCCUGUAUACCAAUCGAGCGGACUCAACAACUCUGAAGUAACAAGAGCGGUCAUUGUUUUACCUGGGAAGAACAGAGACUGCUGGUACUACUGGAAUGUGAUGAACAAUGCACUAUACAACGCCACGUAUCACGACCCGAGUAUAAGACGCGAACAAAUCUCCAUCAUCGCUCCUUGCUUUUUCACCCAACAGGAUAGGGAUGCAGGCGCAACGGGGGACGACGUACUACUGUGGGGAAUGACAACCUGGAUUGAUGGAAAAGCCAAUAUUCUGCCGAAUUUUGUAGCAAAUUUCAGCAGUUUUGAUGUGCUCGACGCGUUGGUGGCGUAUUACAUGGAUACGCGUGCUUUCCCAGACUUGAACACUGUCGUUAUUGGAGGACAUUCUGCUGGAGGGCAAAUGACACAGCGUUAUGCUACAUUACGGAAAUCGACUGAGAACGAUAAUCGGCUUCAUUUCUGGAUCGCCAACCCAGGCUCUCUAUGCUGGUUGACUGAAGACCGACCCAUGCCAAAUAGUCUUUGCUCUGACGCCGACAAGUACAAAUACGGCUUAGCUGGCAAUUUUCCGGCCUACGCCACGUCGGACACGAAUAAAUUAGGCCGGCGUGGAAUCGUUUCGAAAUACAAUGGACGGAAUUUACACUACGCCUGGGGAACGGCAGAUAAUGGCCCUGGAGAUAUUUCUUGUCAGGCAUUUACUCAAGGACGCACGCAUCUAGAGAGGGGAAAGAAUUUCGUCGCCAUGCUAGAAAACCUGGCCGGCGGUAUACCUGCUCUCUCGACCAUCGAUUGGAUAAAGGGUGUAUCUCACUCCAACGAGGAUAUGAUGAGUAGCGAAGCAGGGAUAGAUAAGUUGUUUCGAUAUGCGUCAAACGCCACCACUGGAACUGUAUACGGGCCUUCGGACUCGAGUUCGACCUCGAAUCCAGAGCCGGUUCAAACAGCGAAUGCUAUGAACAAACAAUCGCCAUCUUUUAUUUUCUUGUUGGUGUUACCUGUGGUUUUCUAUUUCAAAAUUUAGCAGAGAUGCUGAUACGAAGUUAUGCCUAUUGCAUACACAUUUCAACCAAUUCCUUCUACUAUUAGAACUCCUAAUAUCUAAUAGACGACCAUUUUUUUGACGCAGUAUCUCCAACUGACUUCCGAUCACAAGCCGACCGGGUGUAUAUGAGAUACGUACUACUCCACAUUCAAACGCCGGAAUUCCGAUAUGAGUGUUCAGG